AAAGAAUGUCCCACUCUGCUGGGUUACAUGCAAGAACCUGCAACUCCGACUGUCAUGAUCACGCGCAUUACACAGUAUACUAUGCACAAGACGAGAAGGGACGGGACUGAUGAAUGUCAACAAUAACACAAGCCGUCCCCGGUUGUUGUUAUUGUUGUGUGCCGGCGUGCGGGAUGCAUACAUGUGUAUUCGUAGGCAUGCUAAACCGCGGGACACCCCUGGCUUGUCCCAACUCAACUUCACCCACGCAUAGCAAGUCAGAGACAAGAAAAAGACAACCCAAUGGCAAGACAGGUAUCGGAUAGGGAGGUAUGGUAUCCGUACCUUGCUUGCUUG